AUGAAAGGGCACAGACCCGAGCUGUGGGUGGGGUGUCACUCAGGUGCCCAUCUCCUGGCCCCUCCCCAACAGGAUGUGAGCCUGCACUUCGUGCUGUGGGGCAGUCUGCACGUGUACCAGCGCAUGAUCGACAAGGCGGAAGACGUGUGCCUGUUUGUGGUACAGCCCGGGGAGCUAGUGGGACAGCUGGCUGUGCUCACCGGCGAGCCCCUCAUCUUCACGCUUCGAGCCCAGCGUGACUGCACCUUCCUGCGGAUCUCCAAGUCCGACUUCUACGAGAUCAUGCGUGCACAGCCCAGCGUGGUGCUGAGCGCCGCACAAACCGUGGCCGCCAGGAUGUCGCCCUUCGUGCGCCAGAUGGACUUCGCCAUCGACUGGACUGCAGUGGAGGCGGGACGCGCAUUGUACAGGCAGGGCGACCGUUCAGACUGCACCUACAUCGUGCUAAACGGGCGGCUUCGUAGUGUCAUUCAGAGGGGCAGCGGCAAAAAAGAGCUGGUGGGCGAGUACGGCCGCGGGGAUCUCAUAGGAGUGGUGGAGGCGCUGACAAGGCAGCCACGUGCCACGACGGUGCACGCGGUGCGCGACACGGAGCUGGCCAAACUCCCCGAGGGCACCCUGGGCCACAUCAAACGUCGAUACCCGCAGGUCGUGACUCGCCUCAUCCACCUACUGAGUCAGAAGAUUUUGGGGAAUUUGCAGCAGCUGCGUGGACCCUUCCCAGCAGGCUCGGGACUAGGUGUCCCCCCUCACUCGGAGCUCACCAACCCUGCCAGCAACCUGUCAACAGUGGCAGUGCUGCCCGUGUGUGCCGAGGUGCCCAUGGUGGCCUUCAUGCUGGAGCUGCAGCACGCUCUGCAAGCCAUUGGCCCCACGCUCCUCCUCAACAGUGACAUCAUCCGGGCCCGCCUGGGGGCCUCUGCACUGGACAGCAUUCAAGAAUUCCGACUGUCAGGGUGGCUGGCCCAGCAGGAGGACACGCACCGCAUCGUGCUCUACCAAACAGACACAUCGCUGACGCCCUGGACCGUGCGUUGCCUGCGCCAGGCCGACUGCAUCCUCAUCGUGGGCCUGGGCGACCAGGAGCCCACACUCGGCCAGCUGGAGCAGAUGCUGGAGAACACGGCAGUGCGCGCCCUCAAGCAGCUGGUCCUGCUGCACCGCGAGGAGGGCGCAGGCCCCACGCGCACUGUGGAGUGGCUAAACAUGCGCAGUUGGUGCUCGGGACACCUGCAUCUGCGCUGUCCGCGCCGCCUUUUCUCACGCCGCAGCCCGGCCAAGCUGCACGAGCUCUACGAGAAGGUUUUCUCCAGGCGCGCAGACCGGCACAGCGACUUCUCCCGCCUAGCGCGGGUGCUCACAGGCAACACCAUCGCCCUGGUGCUGGGCGGGGGCGGGGCCAGGGGCUGCUCGCACAUCGGGGUGCUGAAGGCAUUAGAGGAGGCGGGGGUCCCCGUUGACCUGGUGGGCGGCACCUCCAUCGGCUCCUUCAUUGGGGCCCUGUACGCCGAGGAGCGGAGCGCCAGCCGCACUAAACAGCGGGCCCGGGAGUGGGCUAAGAGCAUGACUUCGGUGCUGGAGCCCGUACUGGACCUCACCUACCCAGUCACCUCCAUGUUCACGGGGUCAGCCUUCAACCGCAGCAUCCACCGUGUCUUCCAGGACAAGCAGAUCGAGGACCUGUGGCUGCCAUACUUCAACGUGACCACAGACAUCACCUCCUCGGCCAUGCGUGUCCACAAAGAUGGCUGCGUGUGGCGCUACGUCCGGGCCAGUGCCUCCUACUGCCCCUACCUGCCCCCGCUCUGCGACCCCAGGGACGGGCACCUGCUGGUGGAUGGGUGCUUCGUCAACAACGUGCCAGCGGACAUCGCCCGCAGCAUGGGUGCCAAGACAGUCAUCGCCAUCGACGUGGGGAGCCAGGACGAGACAGACCUUAGCACAUACGGGGACAGCCUGUCUGGCUGGUGGCUGCUGUGGAAGCGGCUGAACCCCUGGGCAGACAAGAUCAAGGUUCCAGACAUGGCAGAGAUCCAGUCUCGCCUGGCCUACGUGUCCUGCGUGCGACAGCUGGAGGUUGUGAAGUCCAGCUCCUACUGUGAGUACCUGCGCCCACCCAUCGACUGCUUCAAGACCAUGGACUUCGGAAAGUUCGACCAGAUCUAUGAUGUGGGCUACCAGUAUGGAUCGACCGUCUUCGGGGGCUGGAGCCGGGGUGACAUCAUUGAAAAGAUGCUCACAGACCGGCGGUCUGCCGACCUGAACGAGAGCCGCCGUGCAGACGUGCUCGCCUUCCCCAGCUCCGGCUUCACUGACUUGGCGGAGAUAGUGUCCCGGAUCGAGCCACCCACCACGAGCUACGUUUCGGUUUCCGACGGCUGUGCUGAUGGGGAGGAGUCGGACUGCCUGACGGAGUACGAGGAGGACGCGGGCCCCGAGUGCUCACGGGACGAAGGGGGCUCUCCGGAGGGCGCAAGCCCCAGCACUGCCUUGGAGAUGGGCGUGGGGGGCCACCCCUUGUCCCCACAGGAGGAGGAGAAGUCGAGCCUCCGGCACCGGCGCUGGCUGCCGCAGGAACCCUCCAGCCCUGCUGUGGAUACCUGAGGACCUCCAGAGGGGUCCCCGCCUUGGGCUGGACAAGGGGUGAGCCCUGUGGGUGUGGCUCACUCCCCCUCUGCCUGCUGCUAUGCCUGUGACCCCUUGGGUCCCCCUUGACCCCCAGGGCCCACACACUGGACUGGCCUUUCCCCCCUCCCCAGCGUGGGGGAGGGGCAGCACUGCACUGAUGACCCUCGAUCAGCCACACCAAUAAACCUUUCCCUCUUGGAA